AUGGCUGACGACAUGGAGGUUGACAGAGAAGCAGCGAAAAAGCCUGAAAAAAUGUUUACCCUGAAGAAAUGGAAUUUAGUCGCCAUGUGGAGUUGGGACGUAGAAUGUGACACGUGCGCAAUUUGUCGUGUUCAAGUGAUGGAUGCAUGUCUACGAUGUCAAUCUGAGAACAAACAAGACGAUUGUGUUGUUGUUUGGGGCGAGUGUAACCAUUCUUUUCACUUGUGCUGUAUGACUCUGUGGGUAAAACAGAACAAGCGAUGUCCAUUGUGUCAGCAGGACUGGGAGGUUCAAAGGAUCGGGAAGUAGGAUAUAUAAUUGCAUGAAAAUGGAUGUGUGUUGGUAUCAUUAGAGAUGGAUCAUCAGGAUAAAGAUGGGACUUCUUGGAGUGAUGUUUCAAGCAUUCCUUGUUCUGGACAGUGGUCUUUAUGUACUUAAGGAAAUAUUUAAGACUUUUAAGAUCCAUCACUGACCAGAUUGAAAUGUGCAAUACUUUCCUACAUCACCAAGAGCCCUUGUAACAUUUUGUCAGUCAGCAGUUGCUCUACUUCUUGAUGUGCAGAUGGUAGAGGUUAUCGGUAAUAUGGACAGAAAAUUAAGAGAAUACUCUUUUUAUAGCCCAAAAAUGAAACUUUCAUUUUCUCGUUGUUGAAAUCCAGGACAGGACAGCAGAUCACAAAAGAAUUCAGAAAGUAUAGAUCUUGACUAAAAGUUUGAAAAUUGAGCAGAACCAAAACCUUUAAAAUUUUGGAAGGUCUCAGUUUGGGUGUUGUACCCAACCACUUUACUGGUUAAAGGUGGUGAGAAAGAUCUGAACAGGUUCGAAACAUUUGUUUCUAAAUGAGUAAAGAGAUUGCUUCAAUCUUGAAUUUAUUUGCAACCUUAAAGCACCACAUAUAUACACCAAAAAGUUCACAAAGUUUACCAUGGCAUUAUUAUUUCAAUAUCCAGUAAUAAGCCCAUCCCUGACUUUUAGUCUAAGCUAGUUCUUGACCCUCUGGAUUCAUUUCAGGAUGUUUACUUUGAUACAAGUGUUCUUCAAUUUUGCUUGAAUCCUUGAAAACCAGGAUCUUAAUAUGUUCUUAGUGGAAUGCUGUCUAGUCAGGAGUUACAAGUAUUUAAUCAUAACUAAAUAUUAUGACCUUUGUCAUAGGUUAUUUAUAAUUUGAAUUGGAUGAAAUCCAGGGGGAUGUAAAGACAAAAGAGAAAAUCAAAUAAGAAUAUUAUGUUAUUAUAAAAAAUAAAAUAUUAUAUAAAAUUACCUUGUUAUGUAAUUGUAAUUCAACACCUCUGCCAGGGAUUGUGCCCAGGAUCUCUUGUUUACAGAUUAACUUUGAAAAAGUUUACAAGAAACAAAAGCUUUACCAGUACGACAUUUACAUGUAGGUAAAAUUAAAACAGCAUGGAUUAUUUAACUUCAUUAUUCAUAAAAUUACGACGGCUGAGUUGUAUAGGUACAUGACGGCCCUCCACCUCUGGGUCUCAUAUUUGAGGCAUACAGUGUACGCAAAGCAGUCACCAGGUACUGACAGCAGGUUGGUGGCGUUUCUCCAGAACUCCAGCUUUCCUCCAUCACUCAAACCUGGCAAAUCCUUGAAUGACCGAAUUACUUCAAUUAGCUGUUAAUAGGAUGUAACAUUAUAUUCUAUAAAACAAUAUUUAGUGCACUAGAUUGAAGUGAAACUGGUAAUGAAUCUGUAAAUUUUCAUUUCUUUUUUAAUUGGGUCGCCUUUUCUAGUCUAGUUGGCGUGCUUGUAAGAAUUCUAAAAGUAAUUUUGAGAGUUCUCUAAACACAGGUGUUGCCAUCAUCAAGAAUCCCGUAGACCUAGAUGGUUAAUGAAGUAAAGUAAUCAUCGUGGCAUUAUUUUUUUGUUUUUGUGCACAUGGAAUAUUAUGACAAUAUGAAAACAUCAGGUUAUGAUUGCUUAUGUGUACUCUAUGAAAGUUGUGAUAAAUUACAGAAAUUC